AUGAAUAAAGAUUCUAAUAUAUCAGUUCCACAAGAUGGAACAUUGAUAUUUAAUGGGGAAUUAACAUUACAACAACAAAGUAGAAUGACUUUGUUAGAAGAAGCUGUCAUCAAAGCAGAUUCUAUUAAAUUAGAAUCUACAGCUACAAUUGAAAUCAAUGGAGGAAGAUGGAUCAUUGCAGAUAAAAUUCAAUUGUUUGGAGCUUCUUCAAUUCAAUUUAUCAAAUCAGGUGCAUUAAAUCGAACAACAGUCGAUUUAUAUGAAGAAUCUAUGAUUGUAGCAAAUGAGUUUAAUAGUCAACAGAAAUACACUGAUGCUGUAAUUACAUUUCAUAACAAUUCUAGAUUCAAAGGAAAACGUAGUGGAAAUCUAGCAGGUUAUAGCAGCUUCACUUUUCGAGAUAAUGCAAUAUUAGACUUGACAGAAUCUCUUAUAUUUUAUUGUGGGGAUCUAGUGAUGACUGAUAACACACAGAUCAUCGGAAUAAGUACUGUAGAAUUGGAUGGGAAUGAAUUCUACUUUGGUAAGAAUUCAUCUAUUGUAUUACAAGACACUUCGAUUCUGACUAAUCCUUUUAUUUCUAUUCUCAAUGAUGCCAUCUUUGAUGACAAUUUCACGUUGUAUUGUGAUAGAAAUGCAACAGUUUCGUUAAAUAAUUUAUGGAUGAGAGGAAAUUCAGCAAUUGUUGCAAAGAAUAGAUGUAACAUUAUUUUGGUACCAACAGAAUGGUCUGAUUACCAAGAAGGUGGCAAUUUCUUGAUUGAAGAAAACGCACAAAUUCGAUUGUAUGACAAAUCAAUUAUUAUUCCUGACAAAGGAAAUCUCGCACGUGGUAAUUCGGUUCUUCUGUUGAAUGAUAGAGCUACACUGUUUGCAGUUUCGACUGAUUUUAGAGAAAAUGCACGAAUGGAAAUCG